UUCCUGUUGACUGUUGGAAGCGAAUUGAACAAUUAUCUAGUUUACCUUCUCCUCUUGGAAGUUAACGAUUGGCGAGAUCUUGGCUGCGUUAUUGACACAACACUUUCUAUUGAUAGAAAUAAGUAGUGAUUGUCCCCGAGUCAUUGGUGCGCCAAGAACUCUGCGAUGGGCUGGCAGGAGUCCAUUCGGCUGGGCAGGCAGGUUCGGCUGGUGAUGCUGGGGAGGAGGAGGAGGAGGAGGCUACUGGUGGUGAUGGUGCCCGUCCCCCUCUCCGCAGGUCUGUGACAAGCAGGGAACCAGGCGACUGACGGCGCAGCCCAGCCCCGGCUGACGGACGCUGGAGACUCAGACAUGGACAGUAGCUGCCACAACGCGACUACCAAAAUGUUAGCGACUGCUCCAGCCCGGGGCAACAUGAUGAGCACGUCCAAACCCUUGGCUUUCUCCAUUGAACGAAUCAUGGCGCGCACCCCUGAGCCCAAGGCCCUGCCAGUCCCUCACUUCCUGCAGGGAGCCUUACCCAAGGGGGAACCCAAGCACUCUCUGCAUCUCAACUCGUCGAUCCCCUGCAUGAUCCCCUUCGUGCCUGUGGCGUACGACACGAGCCCCAAGGCAGGAGUGACGGGCUCCGAGCCGCGGAAGGAGAGUCUGGAGGCCCCGGCGGCGCCCGCUGCUGUGCCCUCGGCGCCGGCAUUCAGCUGCAGCGACCUGCUUAACUGCGCACUGAGUCUCAAGAGCGACCUGGCCCGCGACGCGCUGCCGCUGCAGCAGUACAAGCUGGUAAGGCCGCGUGUGGUCAACCACUCUUCAUUCCACGCUAUGGGCGCCUUGUGCUACCUGAACCGAGGUGACGACCCGUGCCACCCGGCAGCCGGCGUGAACAUCCACCCGGUGGCCUCCUACUUCCUCAGUUCCCCUUUGCACCCGCAGCCAAAAACGUAUUUAGCCGAAAGGAAUAAACUGGUGGUCCCGGCAGUGGAGAAAUAUCCUUCAGGAGUAGCUUUCAAAGACCUGUCUCAGGCUCAGCUGCAGCAUUACAUGAAAGAAAGCGCCCAGCUUCUGUCGGAAAAAAUCGCUUUCAAAACCUCGGACUUCAGCCGAGGCUCUCCUAAUGCCAAGCCCAAAGUUUUCACUUGCGAAGUGUGUGGAAAGGUCUUUAAUGCGCACUACAACUUAACCCGUCAUAUGCCAGUGCACACAGGAGCCAGACCCUUCGUUUGCAAAGUGUGCGGAAAAGGUUUCAGGCAAGCAAGCACCCUGUGCAGGCACAAGAUCAUUCACACGCAGGAAAAACCUCACAAAUGUAACCAGUGUGGCAAAGCAUUUAAUAGAAGUUCCACUUUAAACACACAUACCCGAAUACACGCGGGCUACAAACCAUUUGUGUGUGAAUUCUGUGGCAAAGGAUUUCAUCAAAAAGGGAAUUACAAAAACCACAAGUUGACCCACAGCGGGGAGAAGCAGUUCAAGUGCAAUAUCUGCAACAAGGCUUUCCACCAGGUUUACAACCUCACCUUCCACAUGCACACCCACAACGACAAGAAGCCUUUCACCUGCCCCACGUGUGGCAAGGGUUUCUGCAGGAACUUUGACCUCAAGAAGCACGUCCGCAAGCUGCACGACAGCAGCCUGGGGCUGGCCCGCACGCCCGCUGGCGAACCAGGCACAGAACCGCUGCCCCCGCUACAGCAGCAGCCGCCCGUGACGCUGCCUCCUCUGCAGCAGCCGCUGCCACCCCCGGGGCCCCUGCAGCCCGGGCUCCACCAGGUCCACCAGUGAUCGAGGCCAAGAUUCCUCCCAGCCUCAGCCGGGGCCCCCACCGCUGAGGCAGCGGCAGACUAGAGCUCCUGAUCCGAGUUUGUCUCCAGACCCCAGGGCUUGUUGGGUCCCACACUUUAGGCCCGACCGGAAGCCUCUACAUCCCCUGGCCUUUCGCCUCUUGCAUGCACCUGCUAAAUGGUUUUGUGUAUUAUAUUCUAUAUAGGCACUAACAAUUAUGAAAAAUUUGGAGGGUUUUGUUUCUUUCUAUUUUUCUUUUCUUCUUUUAAUUUGGAAAGGCUUUUCAUCUUGGGUGGAGAGAUGGUGUUUGUUUUGUUUCGUUUAAACAAAUUUCUGCUAUAUUUAUUGAGAUCUGUAUUAUUCUACCCGGGAAUGCUGCAUCGUUUUAAUUUUAUUAUUGUAUAUAUUUCCACUGUGCUGGUUCUCCGGCCUCAAGAUAUCUGCUGGUUGUUUAUUAUCAUUUCCUCCUUCCCUGAAGUAACAAAACACUGUGUGUAUGUCAUAUAUACACGCAUAGAUGUGUGCGCCCAUAAGGGUACAUUCCACAUUCGUGAGCACACACACAUACACAUUAGAUAAGGGUGGUUCAUUAUGAUGAUUUCGAAUUUUACUUUUGAUUAUUGCACGUGAAAAUUGAUUCGUUGACUGUUGGAAAUAAAUACUUGGAACAUGCUUAUUUAAUCAACAAA